UUUUAUCAUCACCUCCCUCAUCGUUAUUGUCUGGCCUUUUUGCCUUGUUUUUUCUCGCUUUGAGAACUAGCAACCGUCUCUAGGUAUUCGAGUGGCUUCGUUCUUACCCUUCAAUCUAAUUUCCCGGAAAUUUGUAAUUUUCGCAGCAGCGAUGAAAACCCACUCUGCUUCUCUAAUUUUCAUGUCAGCUCUUCUCUUUCUUCUUCUAAGUCUAACAAUUCAUACCAGAGCCGAGGUUAUAACCCUAACCGCUGACACCUUCUCCGACAAGGUGAAGGAGAAAGAUACUGCAUGGUUUGUGAAAUUUUGUGUACCAUGGUGUAAACAUUGUAAGAAUUUAGGGUCAUUGUGGGAGGACCUUGGGAAGGUAAUUGAAGGCGAAGAUGAAAUAGAGAUUGGGGAAGUUGAUUGCAGCACAAGUAAACCAGUAUGUUCAAAAGUUGACAUUCAUUCAUAUCCUACGUUUAAGCUAUUCUAUGAUGGAGAAGAAGUUGCAAAAUAUCAGGGGCUGAGGGAUGUUGAAUCACUUAAGACUUUUGUCUUAGAAGAAGCUGAAAAGGCAGCUACAAAGUCACAGCUUGACAGUGAUAAAGAAUUGUGAUUUAUUGUCAGAUGUGACUUGCGCAUUGAACCAGCACUAGUGCACAUUGUGACGGACUGCCGGUAUAUGCUUUUAUGGACAGCUGCGCAUCUUCAGUAGUUGGGUUCUGGCAUUACAAUUUUGUACUUGGGAUGACUACUCCAGUGAGGCGAAUACCAACUACAACUGAUAUAUGCGCAAUAGCAGCUUGUAUUCGUAAACGAAUUUAAAUACCCGUCAUUUUCACAGGAGAUUUUCUUUGGAUGUUCAUUAGGUUAAUCCAAAGUAUUGAGCAGAUUUAUGUUAUUGUGGAAUUAAGGUUAUCACAAUUAAUUUAUGUUUGGAUUUACAAGAUGUUUAAAUAUGCCAAACAUAUUUAUAUUGAAGGUUUAUUUUCAUUGGUAUCUAUAAAA